AUGUUUGUGACCAGCUUCCCGCCCUGCAGUACCAAGCACAAAACCAUCCUGGAGGCGCGCAGCGGGCUGGGGCCCAUCAAGGCGUACCCACGGCUGGGCCCCACGGCCAGCGGGGAGCCAGGCAGCCAGGACCCCAACGCUCAGGAGCGCACCUUCCACUGUGAGAUCUGCAAUGUCAAGGUCAACUCGGAAAUCCAGCUCAAACAGCACAUUUCCAGCCGGAGACACCGGGAUGGGGUAGCCGGGAAGCCCAACCCCCUCCUGAGCCGGCACAAGAAGCAGCGCAGCUCAGCCGAGCUGGGGGGCCCCCUGGCCUUCCCCAAGGACCUGCCCAAGUCGCUGGCGGCCGGACUCCUGCCCAGCCCCUUGGCCAUGGCAGCAGCGAUGGCAGCCGCGGCCUCCGCCCCCCUGACGCUGCGCCCAACGCCCCCACUCCUGCAGGGGCCCCCCUUAACGCACCCACUGCUGCGUCCAGCCCCGGGGCCCAUCAGAACUGCUCACGGGCCCAUCCUCUUCUCGCCGUACUGACGCCCGCUGCUGUGCCCCUCGACGCCCACCUCCGCUGGACCCGCCCGGCGCCCACCCGAGCUCCUGGGGGCUUGGCGGGGGCUGGGUGGAGCUUGGGGCCUUUCGUUUGUGGCUUUUUAACUGGAAUUCGGAUCCUUUUUCCCCAGAAGAAAAGGGACAAGCCCAUCCCCCGCCUGCCCCCCAGCUCCGUCCCCCCAGGCCCAGCCAACUCUGCACAAGUGCUGGGCCCCGCGGGGAAGCGGCCGAGGGGACCCCCACAGCACCCUUCAUUGCUCUUUUCUCCCUGGUACCAAGGGUGGGGGGGAUCUGAAUCUUGGGAGAAGGACGGGGAAAGGGAGAAGCCCCCCCAUCGGACUCCAUGGAGUGUCAGGUUGGGGGGCGACCCCAGAUCGGGGGGAGGGUCCCCCGGUACCUCAGGGAACUGAUCGCAAGCAAUCUCUUUUGUAUCUCUCUCUCCGCGGGGAGGCGCCCCCGUCCCUCCCAGAGCUGGGGGGCUCCCUACAGCCCCCCAGCAGGAUCCACGCGGGGCCAGGGAGCCCGCCAGCCACACAAGCCAUGUCCACUUGCACUGAGAGGCGCGAAGCCAGGAGCCCAGGGAUGCCCAUCCCCCCCGGGCUCAUGGCCCGCCCGGCCCGCCAGGAGAACGGACACCAUUGCAAUAACGUUGGGGCCUGGGCCGCCCCAUGUACAUAGCGCCCCCCACCCUCCCCCGUGCUUCCUCCAGCUGCCACCACGGCCCCCGGCCAGCAGCCUGUGGCCCACACUGUGCCCCUCGCGCCCCCCCCUCUACCCUUCGGGGCAGGAGCUUUGUGUCUAGAGGUAGCGCCCUUCCCCCCCCCUCCGUCCCUCGGGAGCCACUGGCUGGGCCAGGCCUGAGCCUCCUGCCGUGGGGCCAGGAGGUUGAGGGGAAGCCCCAAGCUUGGGUGAUUUUAUCAGCUGUGCUGAGAAUGAGGGGGGUGUCCCAGCUGGCGGGAGGGGGGCUGGGGAUGGCCGCCCUGUGGGGCAGGACUGGAUGGGGGGCCCCCCAAGCAACACACUGUGGGGCACCUGCUCGGAUGCUGCAGGGGCGGAGCCCUGGCCGGACCCUGGGGGUCUGAUCCAAGUGGGGCAGGGGAACCCAGCCUGGGCCGCGUGGGUGCCCAGCUGUCACCUCCCUGGGGCUGCAGCCCACACUAGGCCCUGCCCCUCCCCUCCCCCCACAGCCUGAGGGGUUCAGCCCAGGCAUUGAGCACAAGCUGAAUCACCCUUUGCCCUGCCGUGGGGCCCCUGCUAUCCCAACAGGGAGUGGGGGUGGGGGUCCCUGUGCCAGGGAGUAGGUGGUGCCCCAAGUUCCAGCCAGGAAACCUCCCCUCAUGUGUAGGAGGUCAGCUGGCCAGACCCUAGCUCAAAUACAUGGGUUGGAGGGGCGGGGCUUAGG